GGAGAAAUAMUGUGCUUUCAAAGCCCUAUUGGAAUUAGUUUAUUACCAUUUUAAAUUUGGCGUAGCCGAGCACACAAUGCGAUGUUAUAUAAAUUGCACUCUCCAUUUAGUGAUGUUCAUUGCUCUCCUUUGUGGGAGCCCGCCGAGAAAGCUAGGCAGAUCCGGUGACUGUACCGGGCUUGUAUUUUUUAUUGUUUUUUGGUGGGGUGCAAAGUGGUGCAUAGYAUAUUUUCAUUCCUGCCGACCACACGUGAAGUCGUGGCUUUUGUUGKGCGUCGUUUUGUCAUCGCUUUGCCAGUAUGAUUUGUGACAGUCUCUAGGGAAUGUUGAUCAGGCCGACUCCGCCGGCAUUUCUCUUGUACACAACGGAUGCCUUUCCCGUUUCUUCGUUCUUGAAGAUGAAAAAAUCGUGGUCGACGUAAUCCAGUGCGAAUACGGCCUCGUUGAUGGGGAUGGCAUUGUCKAGGUCGUAGCUGUUGACCUCCAUUAUGUUGGGCUUGUUGACGUCGAUAAAGUCCUGCUCGGCGUACAUGAGGUCCUCSACGAGGGCUUCGUCCUCAUCAGCGGUUUCUUCGAGCUCYAAUCUUUCGAGGGCGUCCAUCAGGUCUUGCCCCAUGCUGUUCCCGGCGUGGUAUCCCUCGUUCCGGCGGCUUCUGUAUUUCUGUAGCUUGGACUGCAGAGCCUUAGCGACUGCGUCAAUAGAUUCAUACAUGUCGGGGGUUUCUUCCUUGCAGUGGACGGUGAGGCCCUUMAGAGCAGUGGUGCAGUCCACUCUGUGACCGUUUUUGACCUACAGUGRAUAGAUAAUAUUGAAAAAUACGAUUGCAAAUGAGAAACCAGAAAGGUGAKUGAAAUCGACGACUCAUUUUUAAUUCGUUGUGACCGUAACAGAAUAGUAAGUGCGUCAUGUUGUGGACGCAACUCCAAAAUGAAUCAAAUACUACUAGAAAAGAAGAAGGCGCACAGGCAUUUGUUUUGUGACACAAUGAACAUUUUAUCGCAUUUGUUUUGUCUGAUACGUACCGCUGGGUUUUUACUGACAGAUAGAUGAACGUCACAUUCUCGGACGAUGCCUCCGCUGCCGAGCUUAUCGAGCAGACCGCCGAUUCGCUUCUGUGCGUACUCCUCGAGGGCAGGUGUCAGAUCGAUGUUGUUUCCCGUGAGGACCAGCUGGGCGACRCUGUCKACUUUUUCGGACAUAAAGACCGCCGUAGGAGUUCGUGUCGACGAYUGGGGGACGGUGGUGAAGGCAGAUGCCGACAGGGGGGCAAGAAGCAAUAGCAAAAGGGUAGURCUGUAGCGUGUCAUGGUGUMUAGUAGUAGUUUUUAAUUUGAAUAAAGGAUAUCAAGUCGG